CAGCUCUUCGACUUCUUACCUUUGUUUUUUUUCUUUGAGAGGUGUAAUGAAGCGUUCUUUUAGUGAGAGUGAUUCAGACGAGGGAUAUCUUUUUGUGCAAAAUUCCGAUGCACCCGACAACGAAAAUUCCGAAGUAAGUGCUCGGAAGAGACGUCGAGGGCAAAUUGAGAAGAAACGGCGAGAUCGCAUAAACAGCUCUCUCGCAGAGUUGCGACAACUGGUGCCUGCUGCCCUUCAAAAACAGGGCUCGACAAAGCUGGAAAAGGCAGAGAUCCUUCAGUUGACUGUGGAGCACUUGAGAGGUUUAAAAUACGGCGCUGAAUAUAACCCAGGUUUUACUAACACGCGCCCAAUUGAUGAGCGCAUACCAAGACGCCAGGAAUGCAUGGCCGAGGGUAAGCCAUGCUUGUCCGCCUUGACAGAAGGUUCGGAAACCGCAUGCAUGUCUCCUGCAAGGCGGCAAAUCACAAAUCAUCUCAACUGGAAUACUUCAUUACAGAGCGGUUACCACUGCGGUCCGAGCCCGCCAAGUACGACUACAAUAGCUUCAGCAUUGAAAACUGAAUCAAACUUGUCAGCACCUUGGCAAAGUUCAAGUGCAAUUUUAUCAUGCGUUAAACAGGAUGUUAACGACAAUUUUCAAAAAGACCAGGAUCAAGUGUACAAGGGAAAAGAUUGGCGUUUAUCUGUAGCUCUGAACUACCCCAUAAUUCUUCCAAUUCAAGCACCGGGUCUUUCUAAUGUUCUGCGCUCUCCGUUAGGAGAUACAGUACCUUUGAUUGACUUGUCGAUGGCCUUGAUAACGAAAACCAACAUUUCUGCCCCUUUCAAAGCCCCUUGGGCGCCAUAAAGCGAAAUGAAGCGAAAAUAGGUUGACGUUGGAAAAUGAGAAAUUAUUCAUAACAACUCUAGUUCACUGUCGCGAAAACAAAGUCUAUGAUUAAGGCAUAAACACUGCUCAACUUUCUUCUUUGUUAGACCAAGAAGCUGACAAGAAUAAUUUACCCCGAUAGGUAAACUUGAACAAAGAAUCGUUUCUAAAAGAAAAAGGGAUUAUUUCUUUUAGAAAUUUAAUUGAAUGAAAUUCGAUGAAAAAGAGUACAUCGAUAUUAGAGAACCUUUUUGUUUGCUCUUAAUCAACUGUCAGUUAAACGUUAAAGUAAACACAUUUUUUCUCUUUUUGGAGGAAUUAACUUUGAUUGCAUGUUACUGAUGUCUGCUUCUGCGGCUGAUAUUUUGUAUAACAAUUAAAGCAUUACAAAUAUUUCCCAUUUCUAAAACCACCGGCUUUUGUGGGAUAACAGACAAAAUAUUUCAGUCUUAGAUAAUACGAGUAAGAUGAACGAAAACUCUUGCCUAGGGGGAUAUUGCUUAAUAUUGACACGUGCGCUAAAAAUGGCCUUUGUAUCAGUCAGUCUGUGCGCAUUCAUCAGAAAAAAUGUGUAUUUAAAUUUUUUGUAUUUUCCCUUGCUUGAAAAGUUGUUCAUUAAAUAA